AAAAAGGAUUUGGCGCGUAAAAGUGGCCGGGACUUUGCAGGCAGCGGCGGCCGGGGGCGGAGCGGGAUCGAGCCCUCGCCGGGGCCUGCCGCCAUGGGCCCGCGCCGCCGCCGCCGCCUGUCACCUGGGCCGCGCGGGCCGUGAGCGUCAUGGCCUUGGCCGGGGCCCCUGCGGGCGGCCCAUGCGCGCCGGCGCUGGAGGCCCUGCUCGGGGCCGGCGCGCUGCGGCUGCUCGACUCCUCGCAGAUCGUCAUCAUCUCUGCCGCGCAGGACGCCAGCGCCCCGCCGGCUCCCACCGGCCCCGCGGCGCCCGCCUCCGGCCCCUGCGACCCUGACCUGCUGCUCUUCGCCACACCGCAGGCGCCCCGGCCCACACCCAGUGCGCCGCGCCCCGCGCUCGGCCGCCCGCCGGUGAAGCGGAGGCUGGACCUGGAAACUGACCAUCAGUACCUGGCGGAGAGCAGUGGGCCAGCUCGGGGCAGAGGCCGCCAUCCAGGAAAAGGUGUGAAAUCCCCGGGGGAGAAGUCACGCUAUGAGACCUCACUGAAUCUGACCACCAAGCGCUUCCUGGAGCUGCUGAGCCGCUCGGCUGAUGGUGUCGUCGACCUGAACUGGGCUGCUGAAGUGCUGAAAGUGCAGAAGCGGCGCAUCUAUGACAUCACCAACGUCCUCGAGGGCAUCCAGCUCAUUGCCAAGAAGUCCAAGAACCACAUCCAGUGGCUGGGCAGCCACACCACAGUGGGCGUCAGCGGGCGGCUUGAGGGGUUGACCGAGGACCUCCGGCAGCUGCAGGAGAGCGAGCAGCAGCUGGACCACCUGAUGAAUAUCUGUACUACGCAGCUGCGCCUGCUCUCCGAGGAUACUGACAGCCAGCGCCUGGCCUAUGUGACGUGUCAGGACCUUCGUAGCAUUGCAGACCCUGCAGAGCAGAUGGUUAUGGUGAUCAAAGCCCCUCCCGAGACCCAGCUCCAAGCUGUGGACUCUUCGGAGACCUUUCAGAUCUCCCUUAAGAGCAAACAAGGCCCCAUCGAUGUUUUCCUGUGCCCCGAGGAAACCGUGGGUGGGAUCAGCCCUGGGAAGACCCCGUCCCAGGAGGCCACUUCUGAGGAGGAGAACAGGGCCACUGACUCUGCCACCAUAGUGUCACCACCACCAUCAUCUCCCCCCUCAUCCCUCACCACAGAUCCCAGCCAGUCUCUACUCAGUCUGGAGCAAGAACCGCUGUUGUCCCGGAUGGGCAGCCUGCGGGCUCCCGUGGACGAGGACCGCCUGUCCCCGCUGGUGGCGGCCGACUCGCUCCUGGAGCAUGUGCGGGAGGACUUCUCCGGCCUCCUCCCCGAGGAGUUCAUCAGCCUUUCCCCACCCCACGAGGCCCUCGACUACCACUUUGGCCUCGAGGAGGGCGAGGGCAUCAGAGACCUCUUCGACUGUGACUUUGGGGACCUCACCCCCCUGGAUUUCUGACAGGGCUUGGAGGGACCAGGGUUUCCAGAGAUACCUUAAUCUCUGCAGCCCUGGAGCCCCCUGUCCCUGGCCGUCCUCCCAGCCUGAUUGGAAACAUUUAAUUUAUACCCCUCUCUCCUAUCUCCAGAAGCUUCUAGCUCUGGGGUCUGGCUACCGCUAGGAGGCUGAGCAAGCCAGGAAGGGAAGGAGUCUGUGUUUGUGGUGUGUAUGUGCAUGCAGCCUACACCCACACGUGUGUACCCAGGGUGAAUGUGUGUGAGCAUGUGUGUGUGCAUGUACCGGGGAAUGAAGGUGAACAUACACCUGUGUGUGUGCACUGCAGACAUGCCCCAGUGUGUCCACAUGUGUGUGCAUGAGUCCAUGUGUGCGCGUGGGGGGGCUCUAACUGCACUUUCGGCCCUUUUGCUCUGGGGGUCCCACAAGGCCCAGGGCAGUGCCUGCUCCCAGAAUCUGGUGCUCUGACCAGGCCAGGUGGGGAGGCUUUGGCUGGCUGGGCUUGUAGGACGGCGAGAGCACUUCUGUCUUAAAGGUUUUUUCUGAUUGAAGCUUUAAUGGAGCGUUAUUUAUUUAUCGAGGCCUCUUUGGCAAGCCUGGGGAAUCAGCAAAGGGGAGGAGGGGUGUGGGGUUGAUACCCCAACUCCCUCUACCCUUGAGCAAGGGCAGGGGUCCCUGAGCUGUUCUGCCCCACACCGAAGGAGCUGAGGCCUAGGUGAUUUAUUUAUUGGGAAAGUGAGGGAGGGAGGGAGACUGACUGACAGCCAUGGGUGGACGGAUGGUGGGGUAGGGCCUCUCCAGGGGUCAGUUCAGGGCCCCAGCUGCCCCCCAGGAUGGAUAUGAGAUGGGAGAGGUGAGUGGGGGACCUUCACUGAUGUGGUGGGCAGGAGGGGUGGUGAAGGCCUCCCCCAGCCCAGACCCUGUGGUCCCUCCUGCGGUGUCUGAAGCGCCUGCCUCCCCACUGCUCUGCCCCACCCUCCAAUCUGCACUUUGAUUUGCUUCCUAACAGCUCUGUUCCCUCCUGCUUUGGUUUUAAUAAAUAUUUUGAUGACGUUUG